CAUGUUGCCCUGCUAGCCAGCCCUGGCAUGGGACAUCUCAUUCCUAUCAUUGAGCUUGGCAAACGAAUGGUCAGUCACCAUGAGUUUCAUGUCACUAUCUUUUUCGUUGCAAGUGAUCAUGCCUCGAUCACAUCCCUUCUCAAAUCGCCAACUCCCCAUAAUCUCGACAUCGUUGCACUCCCUUUCGUGGAUAUCUCGGGCCUCAUCGAGCCUAACACACAUCUAGUGACAAAACUGCUCGUCAUCAUGCGAGAGUCGUUGCCGAGCCUUCGGUCUUUGAUUGCCGCUAUGAAGAUUCGCCCCACGGCUUUGAUUGUGGACAUGUUUGGAGCCGAUGCUUUUGAGAUAGCCCAAGAGUUUGGAAUGCUUAAGUACGUGUUCGUCACUACUAACGCAUGGUUCCUGGCCGUCAUAUUCCAUUCGUCAAGCCUUGACAAACAGGUCAUCUUGGAGGGGCAUGUUAAGGGCCAAAAGCCGUUGAAAAUUCCAGGUUGUAAGUCGCUUUUUUUCAAGGAUACUCUUGAAUCGUUGCACGACAUCGAUAGUGUUGAUGAAUCCGAAUUUAUUGGAACUAAAAUGACGAAGAGUAAUGGGAUCUUGAUCAAUACUUGGCAAGAUCUUGAGUCUUCAACCAUUGAAGCACUUAGGGAUAACAACUACUUGGGGGGACUUAUUAAGGUUCCAAUUUAUCCUAUCGGUCCACUGGUCAGACAAGAGGGAAAGCAAGUUUUAGAUAAACAAGUAAAACAGUGGCUGGACAAGCAACCAAUUGAAUCGGUCAUUUAUGUUUCGUUUGGCAGUGGGGGGACUCUAUCAGCCAAACAAAUGACUGAGUUAGCUUGGGGUUUAGAGCAAAGCCAGCGAAAAUUUAUUUGGGUCGUUCGUCCUCCAUCAAACAAUGCUCUUGGGAGCUAUUUCACCAUAGGGAAAACCGAUGGGGAUGGAACCCCAGAUUACUUGCCCCAAGGGUUUUUCACUCGAACCAAAGACAUUGGCUUGGUAAUCCCAAUGUGGGCGCCUCAAGCACAGAUCCUAAGCCAUCCUUCGGUGGGUGGGUUUUUAUCUCAUUGCGGAUGGAAUUCAACUUUAGAGAGUAUUACAAAUGGGGUGCCGAUGAUUGCAUGGCCGCUUUACGCAGAGCAAAAAAUGAAUGCUGCAAUGCUAACUGAGGAUUUCGAGAUUGCUGUUCGACCAAAGGUGUCGACGACUGAGGAAAUCGUAGGAAGGGGGGAGAUUGAGGGGAUGGUGAGGAUGAUGAUGGCGGAUAAGGAAGGGCAUGCAAUGAAGAACAUAGUCAAGGAAUUGAAAGAAAAUGCAGAGAAGGCUUUGGACAAAGGCGGCUCGUCUUACAAUUCUUUGUCUCAAGUAGCCCAAGAUUGCUUGCACCACCUCCAAGUAUAA